AUGCAUCGCCGCAAAAUGGAGAUUGCAGCGAAGAUCAAAUUGAGUGGUCUGUUCCACCUCGUUCGGAAGGAAAUGAAAGAUGUGCGAAAGGAGAUCCAAGAGUUACGGGCUUCUGUUGCGUCUUUGAAUGUGGUCGUCUCUGAGCUGCAGCGGAAUGGAAGCAGUGGACAAACUCUCCGAGGGCCGAAAGAGAUUUUGGGGCGUCUGGGGAGGAUUGAGGGCUUGUUCGACGUGGAGUACGAAAAACCGAAGCCAAUUCUCAAAGGGAGCGAUGUUGAAGAGGUGGAAGACGAGGAGUAUGCGCUUUCCAGACCUGUGCUAGAGGAACCUACUACCGGACAAGUUGAGAGCAGCGAUCCGGAGGUCGAGAAUGCUGGUCCAGACACAGUUGCCUUGGAUGUCAAACCUUCCGCACCCAAGGACAGAAGGUUGCGUAUUCCCAGAGCCAAACAUGUCACUUUUGAGCCACCUCUCGCCAAUUCGGAAUUGCGCCCAACGCAGUCUCAAGACACUCGGCCGACCACCUUGGAAGUGACCGAGGAGAAGGCCUCAGAUAUGCCAGCCUCGAAGAAGUCGUCCGGUGAAAUUAGUCCUCAGGACAAGCGGUUUGAUGCAUUGUCGUCGCAGAUAGCGCAACUGGUCCAAGGACAGGCCGAGAUCAUGGGACUUCUGAAAGGGUUAGCAGAACAGGAAGCAACACCGACGAAGAAUCCGGUUGUAGUUGCGCGGCCGAGGAAGAUACGCCGGAAAGUGGUGGGGUUUGUCUAUGAGGAUGAUAGCGUAAAGGUGUAA